GUUUUUUGUGGUUUUAUUUUUAAGUGAUUCUGUACUUUGAACUUUAAAAAUAGUGUUAUAUAAUUGACAGAUGUGGUUAAACAAUAAAAAUAAAAUAUACUUUUAAUAAGAGAAACUGUAUCCGUAUGCCGGAUAAUAUUCUACUUGCCGGUGUAUGUGCAUGAUGUGAUUUGUGUAAUGAAUGUUUAAUGUAUUUCAUCGAAAAAAGUACAUUGUAUAUUCAUGAAUUAUAAAAGUCAUGUUGUUUUUCUGGAAUUUAUGAAUUAGUUAUGCUGCAUAUAAAAAUGAUAUGACUUUGCUCUAUAAUAAACGCGAGAGAUUCAUAUGAUUUGGAAUCCUUCAUAUGAAAAAACACAAGAAAUAACGCAUAAUGAAUCAUUUACAAAAUAGUAAUUUAAUUGCUGCUGCCAUCGGUGUAACCGUUGGUGUUAUAAGUGCAGCAGGUAUUUUUAUUUAUCAUAAAAUUCUGGAAAACCAGCAGCAUACUACAACGGUUUCUAAUUUAGAUGCAGCUAAUAAAAAGAUUAUUGAAUUGCAAAAAGAACUAGAAGCAUUAAGGUUGCAACAAAGUCAACAGAAGAAGAAACGAAAAGUUGUAAGAAAAUUCACUUCAAAUGAUAGCACAUAUACGGUUACGGAUAAUGAUACAGAUAUUGAUGCCUUUUCCACGGCGGAUACUGAUAUUGGUGAUGACGAGUUCUAUGAUUGCUCUGAUAGUGAAAGUGUUGUCGGUGAAAAUGAUCUGAGGACCUCAGACGAACUGAACCAGUUGGAUGUAAUUCUGAAGGAGAUCGAUGAAGAUGUGAAUGAACAGUUUGAUAUCAGUCUAUACAAUAAACUACAGACAUUGGUUAAAUCCCAUGGAGAUAAUGUAGAAGUAGUAUGGAGAUUCGCAAGAGCUUGCUAUGAUCAUGCAGAGAUAGUGCAUGAUACAGAAAUUAAAAGAACAGUGAUCCUUGAAGGAAUUAAACACUGUGAGAGAGUUAUUGAAGUUCAAAAUCCUGAUUUAUUUAAAUGGUAUGCUAUACUUAUAGGAUUAAAUGGUGAUUACUUGUCAAUAGCAGAAAAAAUAAAAAAUGGUGUUCGAUUUAAAAAUUAUGUAGAAAUGGCCUUAGAAAUGCGGCCAAAUGAUUCAACAUUGCAUUACCUUUUAGGAAGAUUUAAAUAUGAAAUAGCCAGUUUAAGUUGGAUUGAAAAAAAGGUAGCAGCAACAUUAUUUUCUGAAAGUCUAAAUGCUUCGUACAAGGAAGCACUUGAUUGUUUUGAAUCAGCAGAGAAGCUUGGAAACAAAACCCCACAAAUUCCAUUAUAUAUUAGCAAAUGCUAUAUUGCUUUAAAGCAGUACUCGUAUGCAAUUGAUUAUUUAAAAAAAAUCGUAGAACAACCAUCACUAACGGCUGAGGAUGAAAAAAUACAUUCUGAAGCGAGUAAACUUUUCAACAAAUAUUUUGGAUAUAGUUCAUAGCGACAGAUGUAUUUGUAUAUCCCAACCGCAAUUGAUAGUCGUGCUAUUGUUUCUCUCUUCCUCGCACGUACACACGUACACAGAGGGAGAAGUUAAGAAAAAAAAUAUAGCCUACACUAAACAGUAACAUUAAAUAGCUUGUAACAAAUGAUUAUAUGAAACACAAGUACUAUAAAAGUAUGAAAAAUACUUUAUCUACUAUAACAAGUACUACGAACAUUUUACUUUAAUUAAAGUUCUGUGAAAAAAUGUAAUUUGUAAACAUUUAUAUAAGGAAGUACAUAU